ACUGUUUGCUGGAAUAUUCCGGGCAUCGUUUAAACUUAGACAUGGAGGGACUGAAUCAUUUGUGGGAACCUGUUCACUUCUGACGGAGUCAUUAGGCAUUUCAGGAAGAUCAGAUGAAAGGUCGGGGGUUUAACUUGAAUUUGGAGACUUUUUACGCGCGUGGAUAGCCUCGUCCUGUAGCUCAACAGUUUGUGACUUUAUUUAGAGUUAGGAGUAAUGACCGUGUCUUUGGAGCUGAAUAAUGGACCUGGUGUCAUGACAUUUUAUACAGAACUUGUGAUUUUCUGGACUCAUCUCAAGUGGCCUCAUGAGAGAUAAUCCGUUUUUAUAUAGAGUGGAACUAUUUACAUUUUAAAGUCAUUUAAAACGGAGUUUAUAACAGGAAUCAUUUGUUAGCGAGUCAAAUGGCAGAGGAAUAUGAGCUGUACGGGGCUUCAGAGUUUAUUAAAGACAGGCUGUACUUUACCACUCUACGUGUCAAACCAAAGAACACGGCCAACACACACUACUUCAGCACGGAUGAGGAGUUCAUCUAUGAGAGUUUCUAUGCAGACUUUGGGCCCCUCAACCUGGCCAUGCUGUACAGAUACUGCUGCAAACUCAACAAGAAGCUCAAGUCCUUCACCAUGUCUAGAAAGAAACUGGUCCACUACACCAGUUAUGACCAGAAGAAGAAAGCCAAUGCUGCCGUUCUCAUCGGUGCCUACACUGUAAUCUAUUUGAAAAGAAGCCCAGAAGAAGCCUACAGGACUCUGAUCUCAGGAAACAACACAGGCUACCUGCCGUUCAGGGAUGCAGCAGUUGGAGAGUGCUCCUUCAGCCUCACUGUCCUCGACUGCUUACAAGGAAUACGCAAGGCAUUACAACACGGUUUCUUUGACUUUGAAAAUUUCCAUGUUGAGGAAUAUGAACAUUAUGAGCGAGUAGAAAACGGGGAUAUGAACUGGAUCAUUCCAGGGAAAGUUCUGGCGUUCAGCAGCCCUCACUCUCGCAGUAAGAUCGAGAAUGGUUAUCCUCUCCACGCACCAGAGGCGUAUUUUACAUACUUUUGCCAAAAUGACGUCACAGCUGUGGUCCGUUUAAACAGGAAGUUGUAUGAUGGCAGGCGGUUUGAGGAUGCAGGAUUCGAGCACCAUGACCUCUUCUUCCUGGAUGGGACCACGCCCUCCGACCUCAUCGUUAGGCGCUUCCUGCACGUGUGUGAAAGCACUGAAGGAGCCGUGGCUGUGCACUGUAAAGCUGGCCUGGGCCGUACAGGCACUCUGAUUGGCUGCUACCUGAUGAAGCACUUCCGGUUCACUGCAGCUGAGGCCAUCGCUUGGAUCAGAAUUUGCCGGCCUGGAUCCAUCAUCGGCCCCCAGCAGAACUUCUUGGAGGAGAAGCAGCACAGUUUGUGGGUCCAGGGCGACGUCCAUCGCUCCAAGCAGAAACUGGUGCAGCAGAGGCUGAGUCGACGGCAGCAUCUACAACAGCAGUGUCACCAGCAGCAGCUCCACAGCCCUGACUGUGAGGCAGAGAAACAGGAAGCCAUGUCCCACCUACUCUCCAGCAUGGACGACCUGUCAAUCAACACCACGCUUUACAAAUCAUACAGCUUGGAUGAGAAUAACUGUAAAGAAGGCAGUCUAACUCAGGGAGACAAACUGAGAGCGCUGAAGGGAAGACGACCACCUAGAUCGGCCUCCUCCUCCUCAAGGUUGAACCUGUCCAAGGCCUCUCACUGCUCCAUUCCCCCGCCUCCUAGGCCCCUUAAGGGCCCCCUGUCCUUCUCCUCCUCUUCCUCCUCUUCUAAGAAGCUGAUACGAAGCUCCUCCUCCUCCACCAUGCACAUCAAGAGUCCCUUCAGCCUCGGUCUGUUCAGCACCAGGCCUGCUGUCAUUCACUGACUUCACAGUUUGGACGUUUCCAUUCUGCUCACAAGUCGAGUCGACUGAUGAUGGAGUGAAAAACAGGACCACCAACAUGCUGUGGUUGUCUGGGCCUUAAACAUUUUAUCAACCUCGACAAAGUAACUGCACUUUAAAUGUAGGGAUUCAUCGCAGAGUCAACUAAAAGUAAAGAAACACCUUCUGAUAUGAAAAUGUUCAAGGACUACACCAGCUUUGAAAGUGAAAUGAAAGUUGGCACCAAAACUCAUGUCCCUGUCUCUAGUAGAAAAUAAGCUCAUGGUAUGUUCAAAGAUAAAACACACACAAUUAUAGAGAAACAAUUUCACAGACAAGUUUAAUUAGUAAACCAUCGUACCUAUAUGUACCUAUAUACAGACUACCUGGUAGUCUGUAAGUACUCCUUUACUUAAGUAAAAGUAGAAAUAUAACAAUGCAAUGUUAUGCAAUGCUUUCAAAAACCUACUUAAGUAAAAGUACAGGAGUAUUAUCUGCAAAAUGUAUUUUAAGUCUGUCAGAUAACUGUAGUGCAGUAAAAAGUACAGUAUUUCCCUUUAAAAAGGGAUGAAAGGAAAAGACUCAAGCAACUUACAAGUACCUAAAAUUUGUGUGCACUACUUACGUAAAUGUACUUUCCAGUGCUGUGAACAUCUUUCCCAGUUUACACACGACUUCCUGCAAACCUCAAAACUGAAGUAAAACUUCCACCAAGUAAUAAAAAACAAUACCAACUUUAGAUCAUACCAUCUCUAUACUUUGGAUAAUUCUGCUGCAACUACGUUUGACUACCAUAAAACUUCAAUUAAUAGCCUGGGCUUUUAUUUGCUUAAAUCACUGAGCUCUCCCUGCUCAUUGUUUCCGUCAAAUAAACUGAACGAUUAAGUUGUGGAGAAUCUACGGAUCUACCGAUGUGUAGCAAGUCCAUACUGACAAAAAACUUUUAUAUUGCUAUGCAUAAUCUUAGAACUAGGAGCUUACAAUUAGCUAAAGCAGGUGACCCGGCACUUUUAUACAUCCAGAGAACUUCUAUAAAAACCAGACUAGGCGUCUAAUUGAGACCUGCGUUUACUUGUCAAAAUAUUUAGCCACAGUUAAAGGGACUAAGUGGGACAAGGCUAAUUGGAGUUUUACGGCAAUUAACUUAUUUUACAUUUGAGUAUGAAACGUGAUUUUGGUGUCAGUCGGAUGAUGUGAUAGUUCAGGUGGCGCACGGACCCAGCUUCAUAGUCGUAGUUGUUUAAAAAAGCAAGCACGGUGUUUUACAAUCUUACCAGCUCGAGAAAGUCAAUAAGUGAGUAAUAAUCAGAGGAAGGUUUUCUGUUUUCCAUCUGAAACGCCCGUUUGAAUGUAACACAAUGUUUAAAAGAGGAGUGGAAACGAAGCCAUAUGAAUCUCAAAUGCACUUUAUUAUUAGAACUCUAACAUAUUAAAAACUAAUGAUUAGUAAAUGUUUGUUUUGAAUCGAGCAAAGACCACAGAGAAUGAACAGUUUAUGGAGAGAUCAGUAAGUUAUCAAACAAACUAAGGCAACAGAAACGUUGGAUUACAGGGGUACAAAUGAAAAUAAUAAUAACAUUUUUGGUAGAUAUGUUUAGUUUUUUAACCAAAAAUGUAACUCAUGCAAGUCAUUCAUGAAGGGAAGUUUUUCUGUUUGUCUGUGUUAAACCAUUUUUCUCCUUUCUGAGCAAAUGUGUGUAUUGAGAUUAUCUGUUUUAUGUUGUUAUGUUGUUUGCUGCAACAUGAACUCUGUUCACUUUUGAAACUGUGCUGUUACGAAAUAUGACGUGAUAAUG